AUGAAUGAAUUAGAAAAUGAAUUUUUGACUUAAUGUAAUAUUGAGAGUUCAGCAUUUUCUCAUUCUUAUGUAUUUAUCAUCAUUAUUAUAAUAAAAGAUUGAAUAAAUAUAUAAUGAAGUGCAUUUUAACAAUAUUGCUAAGAGAGAUUAAAUUGCAAGAUUAAAGAAAGAGGAAAUAUAAUAUUAGAUUAAGUAAGAGAAAUAACAAUUACAUGUUGAAGAGAUUGAGAAGGCAUUAGAAUAAAAAUAGUAUUUGGAAAUAGAUUUCGAUAGAAUACUCUAUUCAAUAGUAUGAUGGUAAUUUAAUAUAUUUAGUUGUUGAGACAGAAAUAUAUCAAUGAUUUGGAAGAUCAAUUAAGAUUGAUAAAUAGUUUCUAUUAAGAUUUACCUAUUGAACAUAGAGAGAGUCAAUAGACUAAGAAAUUAAGUUACUUAAGUUAUUCUAAAUAUAAAUUAAGUUAUGAUGAAUAUAUUAAACAAUUGGAAAAUAAGAAGGUUGAAGUAUUAGAUAAUUUGGAGAAGAUAAAAAAUGAAACUUAAUAGACUCAAUAGAACUAUUAUAGUUUAUUGUAAAAAAUAAAAGUAUUUGACACAAUUUUAUAAGUAAGCUUAAUAAACAUUAGUUGAAUAAGAAAAAACUAUACAAUAAUUGAAUGAUUAGAAUGAAACAAAUAUAUUUAAAUUGCAUGAAUAAAGAAAAGUAGUAAUAGAUUUGCAAGUGUUAUAAAAAUUAGAAAGGUAUAAAAUAGCGAUAAUUUUUAUAAGAAUGUAUUUGACAUUUGAAGAAGGAAUCAAUGAAGAAUUUAUUACUGAAGAUAUCAAUAAAGUAGAUUGUAAUAAAGAAAUAUCUGAUUUUAUGCAUACUCAUCCCUUUGGAGUUUCAUUUUUGGUUGAGAAUCUCAUAUAAUAAUAUAGAAAAUAUUAAGUUUAAAUUGAUAGUGAAUCUUCUAUUGGUUUGGGUUUGAUGGAAGAAAAAUAAGAAUUAUAAUAAGAAUUAAAAGAAUUAAAGGAAUUAUGUGAAAGAUUUUAUAUUUAUGAUGAAAAUUAAGAUGAAGAUUAAUAAUUUUAAGAUAUACAGAAAUUAAUGGGAUUUUUAACUAUGAAACAAUCUUAAAAUAAUUUUAAGUAGAAUCUAUUACAUAAAGCAGAAACAUUCAUAAUCAAAGUUUUUGGGAAUCUUUACAAUGCUAUAAAAAGGUAUUAAUAAAUUAAUAAUUUAUUAGAUUUAAUGAUAUAUUCUAAGCAAUCCAUUAAAAAAGAAUGGCUAUUGAUUUAAAAUCUUCUUAAAUUGAUAGUAAAAUCAAAAACUUUUGUGCCAAUACUUAUAUUGGACAUUAUUCAUUAUCGUUAUAUUAAUAUAUGAAUAAUCCACUUACUUCAACUUAACCAGAUUUAUAUCAUCAAAUAUAAAAUGUAUUUAUAUAUUAUUAUAUAGAGUAUUAUUUUAAAAUUAUAUGUAAAUGAAGAUGCCUUGAAUUAAUAUUUAUAAGCUGGAUCUACUUUUAUUAAAUUAUACUUAAAAGCUUCAGAUUAUUAUUCUAAUUAAAUUCACUUAAUGAUAGAAUUAAUUCAUUCAAUAACAUAAAUACCCAAAAGACCUAAAUUUACUUAUAAUGAUUCACCUUUAUUAUAAUAAAAUUACAAAAGCAAAUUGAGUAUUGAAUUAUCUCAAAAAAAAAUAUCUUUAAGAACAGAUACUGAAUCAAGGGCUCAAGUUCAAGUGAAUUUUAAAACUAAAACAACAAAACGAAACUCAUUUACAAGUACAAUAGGAAGUUCAAGAAGAAUUCAAUAGGAUAUUAAUGAAGAAAAUUAUUUAGAAUCUGAAAGAUAAAAAAUAAUAAAUCCAAAAAAUAAUAUUUCCAAUACUACCAAAAUUCCAUCAGAAUAAUAAAAAUAUUGUGAUCUUUUAAGUGAAAGAGGACAUGGAUUUGAAAAAAAAGUGAUUAUCCAAAACUUUAAAUCAUUAAUCAAAUUAAGAUAAAUUAAAGUAUCUUUAUCAUUUAAAUUAAUAAUAGAGAAAAUUUAAGACUAACCCAAUAACUCCAAAAAGCAUUAUUGGAUCAUCAUUAAUUUUUAAAUCAACUUAUAAAUGA